AUGAUUCUGCCGUAUGAGCAGGGGCCGCUCACUAUUCUCAAAGAGAGUUCAACCUCCUUGAACAAUACAGAUAUUCCCAUCGUUUGGCAAGAUGAGCGGACGUGUAAUGCAGACACGCGACAGUUUACAGGCAAAGUGCCCCUGUCCGCAGGAAAGACCUUGUUCUUCUGGUUCACAGAGAGUAGGGAGAGUGCUACGGAAAGACCAACCAUCUUAUGGUUAAAUGGAGGUCCCGGUGCAAGUUCCUUGCCUGGUCUCUUUGGGGAGAUUGGUCCUUGCCAGCUCACAUCUGUGACGAACACGACGGUGAACCCCUACAGCUGGGCUAACUUUGCCAACCUCUUAUUUCUUGACCAACCUGCCGGAGUUGGAUUUUCUACUCCUGCCGACGAUGGCUCUUAUCCGGUCACGCUGGCGGAGGCCAGUGACGAUUUCACGGCUUUCCUGACGCGUUUCGUGAACCAGUAUCCGCAGUACUUCCAGCACGGCUUUUACAUAGCCGGCGAAUCGUUUGGCGGUCGCUACGUGCCGCGGUUCACGGCGGACCUCGUGCGCCGCCAGCUCUCUGGAGCCCCUGAUGCUUUGCCGGUGCAAGUCCGCGGCAUCGUGCUGGCUAACGCGCUGGUCGACGGAACGUACUCUCUGCUCAGCCAUUACGAGCUGUUCUGCACUGAUGGACCCACGGCCGAUUUGCUGCGCUUCAACGCUACGGUUUGUGAUGCCAUUGCUGCCGCCAUGCCCGAGGCCGAGCGUCUCCAGCGCGUGUGUCAGGCCACCUACGACCCGAUCCUGUGUCAAGCAGCCAACGAAUUCGGCCAUAAUAACCUGUACAAGUACUUUCAGGAACAAGUGGACGCACUGAAGCACAGUCCCUAUGACCUUCGGCUCGGUUGCGAUGCCCCUCCAAUCUGUAUCCCCGUUGAUGAGUACUCCGUUGGUAAUUACCUUAACAAUCCCGAGAUUCAAGCCCUGCUCGGCAUUGGCAAAUACCAAGAAUAUGUCUCCAUCAACUUUAAUCUCAACUUCAAUUGGUCAACCCGACCUGAAAUUAUGUUGCCCACUACUCGUGAGGUCUCGUAUCUCGUCGACGUUGCUAAGGUCCGUUUUCUGGUAUUGAACGGAAACUACGAUGUCAUCUUGUAA